AUGAGAUGGGGCUGGGUAAAACUAUUCAAGUCAUCUCGUCUCGCCACUUUAAUCCAAGACCACAAUUGCUGGCCCUUCCUGGUAGUUGUUCCAAACUCGACUUGUGCAAAUUGGAGACAGGAGAUCAAAAGAUGGACACCAAGUCUCCGAGUUGUUACGUGCUAUGGUUCGGCAGCUGCUCGGAAGAUUGCUCAAGAGUACGAGAUGUUCCCCCGUUCAUCCAAGGACCUUCGGUGCCAUAUCGUCGUGACAUCCUAUGAAAGUAUGAUCGAGGACAAGACUAGAAAGUUAUUCUCAACCAUCCCUUGGGCAGGGCUCGUUGUCGACGAAGGACACCGACUGAAGAAUGACAAGAACCAGCUUUAUGAAACCCUCUUGAAGAUGUCGGUACCAUUUAUAUUGCUUCUUACGGGAACACCGCUCCAGAACAACAUUCGUGAAUUAUUCAACAUCCUUCAGUUCUGCGACCGCUCUCACAAUGCAGUUGCUCUAGAGGAGGAAUAUAAAGAAAUGACCAACGAGAACGUGAACAAACUCCAUGAUAUGAUCAGGCCAUUCUUUCUUCGACGAACCAAAGCCCAGGUGCUUUCAUUCCUUCCACCUGUGGCGCAAAUCAUACUUCCCGUUUCCAUGACCAUUGUGCAGAAAAAGCUAUACAAGUCAAUUCUUUCCAAAAAUUCACAGCUAAUCAAAUCUGUGUUCAAGAAUACUGGCACAGAUUCAACUGUCAAACAAAGUGAACGCCACAAUCUGAACAAUAUUUUGAUGCAGCUUCGGAAAUGCCUGUGCCACCCCUUCGUCUAUUCAAAGGCCAUUGAAGAUAGAGGCGUCAAUUCAACCUUACUACACCGGAACAUGGUUGAAGCAUCAGCCAAGCUCCAGCUUUUAGAGCUUCUACUACCCAAGCUCCAGAAGCGGGGGCACAGAGUUCUAAUAUUCAGCCAGUUUUUGGACUUUUUAGACAUUGUUGAGGACUUCUUGGAUGGCCUUGGCCUUGAACAUCUUCGUCUUGAUGGCAGCAUGACGUCGCUGAAGAAACAGAAGAAUAUCGAUGCUUAUAACGCGCCGGGUUCCGAGUACUUUGCAUUCCUCCUUUCUACGAGGGCCGGUGGCGUUGGCAUCAACCUAGCAACAGCAGAUACAGUGAUUAUUCUGGAUCCCGACUUCAACCCACACCAAGAUAUACAGGCUUUAUCCAGAGCUCACCGAAUCGGGCAGAAAAAGAAAGUCAUGGUUUUCCAGCUGAUGACUCGCGGGUCUGCUGAAGAGAAAAUUAUGCAGAUUGGAAAGAAGAAAAUGGCGCUGGAUCACGUACUUAUUGAGCGAAUGGACGCCGAGGAUGAUGAUGAACUUGAUCUGGAAGCUAUCCUACGCCACGGAGCGGAAGCAUUGUUCGAUAAUGACAACACUGGUGAUCUCGUUUACGAUUCGCAAUCCGUUAAUAAGCUGAUUGACCAGAGUGAAGUGGAAAACACCAAGGUGGGUAAUGAUACUUCUGCAGAAUCGCAGUUUAGUUUUGCAAGGGUAUGGGUCAACGAAUCAAUGGAGGAUGCACUUGGUGAUGUUGAAUCUACACCACCACCAAGUAAUACUGUUUGGGAAAAGAUCCUUCAGGAGCGAGAAAGGGCAGCAGAACAGGAAGCGAGGGCCAAAGCAGAAGCAUUCGGGAGAGGCAAACGCAAGCGUCAGACCAUCAAUUACCGAGGUCACGACAGGAAUAACAACGCAGAUAAUGAUAGCGACGUUGAAUUCAACGGCCCAUCUGAGUCUGAUACUGAUGUCACUGCAACAUCUGAACGGUCAGAGACGCUUGGGAAACGCGCUGGUAAGAUUCAUUCGGUGAAGUGUUUUCAUUUAUCAUAUAUUCACGCGGCCUGUUAG